AUGGCUUCCAUUGAGAUUGAAGAAAGCACAUUGGCGAAUCAGACGACUCAAUAUGUCUACCUCUGUAGGGACCCGGCGCCAGCAUUAGCAAUCCCUCCUGGCAAGGAUUUGCUGAAUUAUACGGCAAAGCUUGAGCAUAUUUACAUAUACGACCCGGAUACCGACUCUGAGAUUUGCUACACCUUCGGUGGGUCUCUCUCACUGGGGCCUGGCAGCAUUGCGGGCGUGGUUGGCAGUGGGGAACAGAUCUUCCUUCAAUACUGCGUGGGGGAUGACCAGAGCCGAUAUAUGCUCCCACUGCUGAGAACCUCCGGAGGCCACAAGCUGCACCGAGAUGUCACAUCUGAGGUCUUGGGAGACGAUACAAUCCUUGACCGUAUGCUGGAGGAACCGGAAAACAAUGUUUCCAAUCACUUUGCGACGACGAUGUUCGCGAAAGGUGACAAACCGUCCAAAGCCAAGGGCGCAGCUGCCAUCAAACUGGAUCCCAAGGGACUCAGCGGUGAUUUAGAGCACGAGGUCAAGAAAGCCCUCAAAAUGCUCGACUUUGUCGACUCGAUGAUUGGUGUCUAUACCGCCAAUAGACUAAAACAAGAAGGCGACAGGCGAGGUAAGCCGAUCAGUGCCAUUGACGAAACCUCCCUGCACAUGAAAGUGACUGCCGACGCGUACUUUGAUGCGAUCAAUCACAAGCAAUUGGCUGCUGUCAUCAACAAGAAGUCCAUGGCCUCAGCCAAAUUUAGCCAAACUUGCGACCGAGCCGCUGUCCAUCCUGAAUUUAUCAAGCAAUUCGCGCAGGACAUUCAGCAGUUUGACCAGGCGGAAUACGCUAAGCUGGACAAGAUCCUCACGGAGCAAGUGCGCCAGAUCCUGGAUGGGAAUAUCGACAUCAAUGAUUCUGUUAACUUUACCCUUUUAGUCAAGCAACCUCAUAUUCAAAGUGUACCGGGAAUGACCGAGAAAAUUGUGGUGCCGACUCUUAGACUAUUCUAUAUCACGUCCCAUGGAAAAACUUGGACGGAAGUUGUGAAGAACGGGAAAAGCCAGAGCCAAGUGCGGAAGGUUCAGCUCGAUUUUCAGUACAUUCCCCACGUGGGCACGAUAAACAAGGACCUUUUCAAGCAGUUGAAGAAAGUAUACGGGAAGAAGUUGGUCGAGCAAGAGGCGGAUGAUAUGUUCAUCCCGCAAUGGACCGUAUAA